AUUGGCAAUUGGAUUCACUUCAUGCGAAUUGCAGUCAAGCUGCUUUUUGCUGGGGAACGUCAAUUAUGUGAUCAAAUCUUUGAAGGCAUUGCGUCUCUCAAGGAUCAGUGUUUUGCUGAAGUAACUGCAAACAGUGUAGCGGUGCUACUUAGUUUUGGAGAGGCUAUUGCUAAAAGCAAAAGGUCGCCAGAAAAGCUGUUUGUUCUUCUAGACAUGUAUGAAAUAAUGAGGGAACUUCAACCUGAGGUCGAAACAAUAUUUGAGGUCAAAGCUUGUUCUGAAAUGCGAGAAUCUGCAUUGGGUUUGACAAGACACUUGGCUCAAACUGCCAAGGAAACCUUUGGUGAUUUUGAGGAGGCAGUUGAGAAAGAUGCAACAAAAACAACUGUUGCUGAUGGAACUGUCCACCCUUUAACUAGCUAUGUCAUUAAUUAUGUGAAAUUCCUCUUUGACUAUCAAACAACACUGAAGCAGCUUUUCCAGGACUUUAAACCUGGGGAUGAUUCAAACUCCGAACUGGCAUCUGUAACAAUGCAUAUUAUGCAAGCUCUUCAGACUAAUUUGGAUGGAAAAUCAAAGCAGUACAAGGAUCCUGCUUUGAUGUACCUAUUUCUGAUGAAUAACAUCCACUAUAUGGUCAGAUCUGUGCGCAGAUCAGAAGCAAAGGACUUACUGGGUGAUGACUGGAUUCAAAGGCAUCGAAGGAUUGUGCAGCAAAAUGCAAAUCAGUAUAGAAGGGUUGCUUGGGCGAAGGUAUUGCAGAGCCUCUCUGGUCAAGGUUUGACUUCAUCGGGAGGUAGUAGUGUGGUUGGAAGUGAUGGAGGCACCAGCAGUGGAGUCUCAAGAUCGGCUGUGAAAGAGAGAUUUAAGUCAUUCAACAUGCAGUUUGAGGAGCUCCAUCAAAGCAGUGUCAAUGGACCAGUCCCAGAUCAAGAGUUGCGCGAGUCUUUGAGGCUUGCAGUUGCUGAAGUUCUACUACCUGCAUAUAGUGUCAGCAAAUUAUUUUACCUUUCAGGCCCACUGGUUGAGAAUGGCAAGAAUUCACAGAAGUACAUCAGAUACACUCCAGAAGAUCUUGAGCGAAUGCUUAGUGAAUUUUUUGAGGGAAAGACCCUGAGUGAAACAAGAAGGUGACAGGCAGCGCCACCCCGAGCCUGGACUUUGUAAGGAGGUUGUCCUUUGUACAACUCAGGUUCAGAAGUUUUAGAUGUGAUGUGGCAGUUCGUUUGAAGUUCCUAUAAAUAAACCUGUGCUAGAUUUAUAUCCAACAUGCUUGUUCAAAAUGUAUUCAUGUUAUUUGUUAUUGAUGAAACCAUAUUUUUGAUGAA